CUCAGGAGGCGGGAGAAUUGCUUGAACCUGGGAGGUGGAGGUUGCAGUGAGCCGAGAUUGUGCCUGAGCGACAGAGUGAGACUCCAUCUCAAAUAAAUAAAUGAAUAAAUAAAGGAAGACUGCAAAGAGGAGUGAGGGUCCCUCCAAAAGCUUGGAAAUAAAGCUGAAGAGAGAAUAUGGGAGAGGGGACAUGGAGGAAUUCAGAGGGCAAGAAUCUGAUGUAUAGUCAGCACUGAAGACCUGAUGAUGAACUCAAGUCUCAGAAAAGAAGGUAGCUUGCCCAAGUCACAUGGCCUGGCAGCGUGAUGGAUGAGCAGUGGAAAGCCCUUCUAUGAAACAUGCCAGACCUGUUGCAAUCGUAUCUCUCCCGAUGGCCCAGAAUUCUGCUUCCCUGAAGACAUACUAAAUUGUGCUCUGGAUUUAUAUGUGGGUGGUGACCUGCCUCUGUGCUCCCAAAGGAGGUCUGUCUGCAGAUGCCCAGCAGAGGAAGAAACAGAUGACAACAGGGAGAGGUUUGAACCCUCUUCUCAAGAGCCUUGGAACUUCAUGGAAAGUGACAGCCCUUUAAGAGUUUCCCAACUUCUGCAGAUCCUCCUCUCUUUCCCAAACAACCUGCCAGUUUUCAGUUUUGGUACACAGUGAGGAUUUAUUCUCUCUCUCUCUCUCUCUCUCUCUCUCUCUCUCUCUCUCCCUCCUGCCUAGCUAUCUCUAUCUCUAACUUUGUCUUUCUGUCUCUCUCUUAAGAAGUGGCCAAAGGAGCCUGGAGCCUCUGAUGCUCAGCCUUCAGGUCCUCCUUGGCAGAACCUGGGUAGAAAGAAAAUGGGUAGGCAGGGGGUUAGGAGUAACAGCUCCUCAUCUUGAAUCUAGCCUUUCCUGGAGCUGUAUACACCUGGGAGUCCCCCAGCACAUUACCAAAUACUGUAGAAGGAAGUCCAUGAAGCACACAUUGACCACAGCGAUAUGUCCACAUGGUGAUGGAGUAGUAAAAUACGCUCUUGAACGUGCCUGGGUCCAGCAGUUCACCGGCCCUCAUGGCCUCAUCCCUGCUUGUCUGGCUCUCCAUGGCUGUGAUCUGCUUCUGCCAGCCUACGCAUUUUUGUAUCUUUUUCUCAUUGCAUGGCCCCUUGUCUUUAAAAGGCUAAACUGCUCUGUACUAAAUUUGGUCACGCAGCUCUCCAAGAUUCCCUGGAAUGUCCUCAAGUUUCAAACAGCUCUGACAGCGAGGUAGGACCGCCCCCAGCUUAGGGAUUGGCUUCUCCUCUCUGGGCCCGGCAGUUGUUGGGUCUUAUUGGCCGCUGAUUAGUCCAGCCGGGGUCCACUAGCCCUGGGCUGCAGGGAGGCUGCUGCUUCCAGUGAAUACUUUAGCACCUGUAGCACAGAAGGGCCAAGGAGCUGCCGUCCUCAACCAGCGGGGGUUUGCUCCUCAGCCCACUCCCUGCAUCCAGAUCAGCUCAUCCCCUCCCUUCCCUGCCCACCAGGACUCUGAUAGCCCCUGGCAGCCACAGCCCAUUUUGCCAAGAUGUCUAGGGUAGCCAAAUAUCGCCGGCAGGUGAGUGAAGACCCCGACAUCGACAGCCUGCUGGAGACCCUGUCUCCCGAGGAGAUGGAGGAGUUGGAGAAGGAGCUGGACGUGGUGGACCCUGAUGGGAGUGUUCCCGUGGGGCUGCGGCAGAGAAACCAGACAGAGAAACAGUCCACGGGUGUGUACAACCGGGAGGCCAUGCUCAACUUCUGUGAAAAGGAGACCAAGAAACUUAUGCAGAGGGAGAUGUCCAUGGAUGAAAGCAAGCAAGUGGAGACCAAGACAGAUGCCAAGAAUGGAGAGGAAAGGGGCAGAGAUGCCAGCAAAAAAGCCCUGGGCCCCAGACGGGACUCAGAUCUGGGGAAGGAGCCAAAGAGGGGUGGUUUAAAGAAAAGCUUCUCUAGAGACAGAGAUGAAGCUGAUGGCAAGAGUGGUGAGAAGCCCAAGGAAGAGAAGAUCAUCCGGGGCAUUGACAAGGGCCGGGUCAGGGCUGCAGUGGAUAAGAAGGAGGCAGGGAAGGAUGGAAGGGCAGAGGAGAGGGCAGUGGCCACCAAGAAGGAAGAGGAGAAGAAAGGGAGUGACAGGAACACAGGCUUGAGCAGGGACAAGGAUAAAAAGAGAGAAGAGAUGAAGGAGGUGGCCAAGAAAGAGGAUGAUGAGAAGGUAAAAGGGGAACGUAGGAACACAGACACCAGAAAAGAGGGUGAGAAGAUGAAAAGAGCAGGUGGGAACACAGACAUGAAAAAGGAGGAUGAGAAGGUAAAAAGAGGAACUGGGAACACAGACACCAAAAAGGAGAAUGAAAAAGUCAAGAAGGAUGAACCCUUACAUGAAAAGGAAGCCAAGGAAGACAGCAAGACUAAAACACCCGAGAAACAGAUGCCCAGUGGCCCCACCAAGCCCUCUGAAGGGCCGGCCAAGGCGGAGGAGGAGGCAGCUCCCAGCAUAUUUGAUGAGCCUCUGGAAAGAGUGAAGAACAAUGACCCUGAGAUGACUGAGGUGAAUGUCAACAACUCAGACUGCAUCACAAAUGAGAUCUUGGUCCGGUUUACUGAGGCUCUGGAAUUCAACACUGUGGUUAAGGUGUUUGCCUUGGCCAACACGCGAGCCGAUGACCACGUGGCCUUUGCCAUUGCCAUCAUGCUCAAGGCCAACAAGACCAUCACCAGCCUCAACCUGGACUCCAACCACAUCACAGGCAAAGGCAUCCUGGCCAUCUUCCGGGCCCUCCUCCAGAACAACACACUGACCGAGCUCCGCUUCCACAACCAGCGACACAUCUGUGGAGGCAAGACAGAGAUGGAGAUCGCCAAGCUGCUGAAGGAGAAUACUACCCUGCUCAAGCUGGGCUACCAUUUUGAGCUGGCCGGGCCCCGAAUGACCGUCACCAAUCUGCUCAGCCGCAACAUGGACAAGCAGAGACAAAAGCGGCUGCAGGAGCAAAGGCAGGCACAGGAAGCCAAGGGAGAGAAGAAGGAUCUGCUGGAGGUACCCAAGGCCGGGGCUCUGGCCAAGGGCUCCCCAAAACCUUCACCUCAACCAUCUCCAAAGCCCUCUCCAAAGAACUCACCCAAAAAAGGGGGUGCUCCAGCUGCCCCACCUCCCCCACCCCCUCCCUUGGCUCCACCCCUUAUCAUGGAAAACCUGAAGAAUUCACUCUCACCAGCUACCCAGAGGAAGAUGGGAGACAAAGUCCUCCCUGCCCAGGAGAAGAACUCCCGUGACCAGCUAUUGGCCGCCAUCCGCUCCAGCAACCUCAAGCAGCUCAAGAAGGUGGAAGUGCCCAAACUGCUUCAGUAGGACCAGGCUACGAGGCACCAUCUGCCAAUGCCAUGACUGCUCAGGCCUCACCUCCCAGGGCUACACAGACCCUGCCCACCCCGUCCCUGGCUGACCUGCUGUGGAUGUCCCUAUUCUGCCAUGGGACAGUCAAGGCCUGGGUCACGCUCAAGGAAGGAUGCCUUAUCUCUUCUCGCUUUCCUUUUCUUGUCUCUGAGGCUCUCCAAAUUUUGCUUUAAUACCUGGAGCUCAGGUUUCCGGACAAGAAGAGUCCUUUUAGCACAUCGCUGAGAAGAUGGCACUGUCCAGGGCCCAUGUAACUGGCAAGCUGCAAAAGACCUGUGAUCCAGGAAAGAUGUCCCACAGGGACCACAUCCACCCCAGCCCCACUGCCCUCUAGGGCCAGGAUUCAGGCCUCUGAGGAGCCCACGGGGCAAAGCUGCUGGGCCAGUGGCAUUCUGUGUGGGACAAUGGCAGAAAGAUGGAGAGGCACGGGGGCACAAAGGGGAGCAUGGGGAGGGGCUGAGGAUACCCCAAAGUCCAGGCUAAUCAGAGGAUGUGGCAGGGGCAGUGGCCUGGAUGGACAGUGCCUGGUGGGAGUAGACUCCAGACAGGAGGAGGGGGACAGACCGCAGCUGGACUUGAAGGUUUGAUGCCAAAGUAGACAUUUUCCUCACACCCACCUGCUGCUGUAUAAAUAGCUGUGUAUCUGUUUUUCCAUAAGAUUUUGAUAAUAUAUACAAACCUUUAGCUGUGAAUGGCUGUGCCCCACCUGUUGUCCUGAACUGUGAGUCCUGAUCCUAACCCUGGGCUCCCUGGAGGACUCUAGAAGCUGAGGUUCCCUGCCAUGCUAUUUGAGUUGGCCAUGAAAUAAAUUCACAUCCUCAGAAAGUGCAGCAUGGAGGAAAAUCUGAACUCUGAGCAGAGGACUCUCCACUGACCUGGUUGUUCAGGUCUAGAAGGCCAGGCCUCUACUAGGUCUGCUCCUGAACCAGUCCUGCUGCCUGGAGUCAGUAGCCAGAGCUGUUCUCAGGGGUGCUGGGGCAGAGUGGAGUGCAGGGUGCUGGGAUGGCUAUAUUAGGCAUGUUUAGAGAUGCUCAUUCCAUGACUCUGCCUAACCACAGGCUCAGGGCCAGGUCCUCACAGCAGUCACAGGCCCAGGAAGGCAGCAGGCAGAGAAGUGGAGUGACUAUUUGGAGAAUAGCACCCAUACCUGUGUACCCUAGGGCUCAGAAGGGCCUCAUCUUCCCCAGCCCUCCCCAUCUACUCACCAAUUCCGCUUCCUGCCCCAACUGCAGGAAUGCUGACAAUGCUGCCAUGCCCACCAUCGUGUGUAGAUGAAAGGCAUCUUUCUGAAUUUCAUUCUCUUGAAGGUGCUGGCACCCCUUGGCACUGUGGAACUGCCACCUUGGGUCUGUGUCACUUGUAGGUUUCUCUGCCUCCAGGUUGCCUCAACAGCAGGAGGCACAGCAGUUUCACCAUCGUUGAGGUGAGGGUAGGCUACCCCAGCUAGGAAGCAGGAUCACUGUGCUAGGUCUGCCCAAAACCAGAGGGCAGUCUAGUCCUGGGGUAAAGCCCUCAGAUCCCAGGGCACACUCUUUCCCAUUCCCUCCACCCACUUGCCUGUCACCCCAGUCACCUAAGCAAUCACUGGGCCCAGAGGAGAGGAGACAGACACACACUGGCUCCUAGACCUAAAGGGUAUGAGCUGGAGCUAAGGCCAGCUAGAGCUUCCACUGUCAGCCCCCACUGUCAGCCCCACUGCACCCCCCGGGCCUGCUGGGUGCUGGGCACUAGCUAGAUGCUUUAGGUUGCUUCAGCUGAUCCUUCAACUCUGUGAGGUGGAUACCAGUAUUCUAUUUUGCAGAUAGAGUUUGGCCCAGAGAGGUUAACUAAUAUAUCCAUGAUCACACAGCUAAUAAAAGGCAGAGCUCAGGUCUUUUUUGUUUGUUGGUUUUGUUUUGAGCCCAGGUCUUCAGGCCAUAGAACUGCUUCUCAUUAACAGCUCUCCUUCCUUCCCUCACUGAAAUAAGGCUGUGACGGUGCUGCAGGAAAGCACUGGAUGCUCACCUGAACCCAAACAACCUACCUCCAAAUCUUAAGGCUCCAACACCUUAAAAAGGUGUCACCUUAGGAAGCCCUUUCUACCAAACUUUAAACAUGAUUUAGCCAGAGAGAAAAACCACUCCCUACUGUCCCGAGCAACAAGUGAGCGGCCCCUCCGCGGUGCUCCUGCGGGAUGCUGUUUCUGCCCUGGAUGAUGUAAUCAUUCCUCUGGUGCACUUGAACCUGGUGCGGAAGCGCAGCGCCACCUGGGGGUGGACCGCAACCCAGAUUCUCCAGCUGCUCCAGGGACGCCCUGGAGCUGUGCUAGGGACCAGGGGAGGGAGGCAGUUCAAGGGAGGAGGAGGAAAAGAUGGGUAGAUAGCCUGGUGAGCUUUGGAAAAGGGGCCCGAACUCCAGAGGCUGCGUUUCUGCUGGGCCAUGCACCCACUGCUGCCCACCUGCCCCACCAGCACUGGCAGUCACCCAUCUAUCCAGCUUCCUUUCCUAAAACUUAGGGGGGAACAUCCAGAAAGGCUCUAUCCUUGUCUGGUGCCCGUACGGUACAGGGACAAAAAAAACAGGUUUAAAGACAGCAAAUGACUUGUCCAAGUUGAUGAAUCCGGAUUUGAACCCAAGUCUCCUACCUUUGGGUUCAUCUAGCAACCUGGAUGAAGCCACGGUCUGACCUCCACAGUCUCUGCCUGCAGCCCCCACUGUCAUAUCGUCCACUCUGCCCCCCCACCCUCCAUCACUUCCUGGGGAAUCACAUUCCUUAGCUCCUACCCACAAGGAAGGGAGGCUUCACCUCUCAGCUCUCCUGGCCCGCAGGGCCCAGCUGUUGCACCCCAAGCUUCUUGCCUCCUGGCCCUAUCCAGAUGGGAAAAGUGUAUUUCCCUCCACCUUCCCUGGGCCACCCCAAGGGAUGCCAGCACUGGGACCUAGGCCCUGGUGCUGGCUGUGGGUGGGAUGGUAGGCACCAGCAGCUGCCAAGGCGCUGGCCUCACUUGUCCUCACAGAAGCUCAACCUGCAGGUGAGCAAGGGGCUCUAGGCCUGGGCACUGUAGCACACAUACGGCACUUUAAGAAACAUGAGAUCUGGAUGUAGGUCACCCAUGAGCUUCUGGACCAUCAAGUCGGGACUGCCAUGUGCUGCCCCCUACUCUGCACCCUGCAUGGCCAGGCUGGGGCCCCUGACUUCUGAGUUUGGCCUGACUAGGGCUUGUGUUGCUGUGGUGCUGGGCUAGGCUGCUGGCCUAAGAGUGGCCAAUAGAGUGUGGCCCCCCUCAGCACCCUUCCCUCAGCACCUCCCACUCGUCCUGCCUAUGCCCCUCCUGCCUCUCCCUCCCUCUUUCCUCCAGUCCUCUAGGGCCCUUCCCUUACUUGCCCCUCCCUCCUUUACUCCUUGCCUGAAGUGCCGCCCUUCUGUUCACCUAGGGGGAAGGAGGGAGGCCCUUCUCCCCUCCCUCAAGGUGUCUCUCCUUUGUUGCCAACCUUUCCCCCCUGCCCAUUGUAUUUCCAUGUGUCCCUGCCCUAGCUCCUUCCCUGCACCUGACCCCUCCCAUCCCCCUGUGAGAUCCGCUUCCUCCUGAGCAGGCCCAGCCUGGCAAGAUUCCUGCCCUAAGAAUGCACUUGUCUUGCUUUUGUCUAAAAAUGCCCCUCUUCUCCACCUAUGCCUUCCAGACCGCCCCUUGCGGGAUUCACCAUUCCCUCCCAGCCUGGCAGGACUCGACUGACGCCACUGUCAGCCCCACUGCACCCCCCUGUGCCUGCUGGGUGCUGGGCACUAGCUAGAUGCUUUAGGUUGCUUCAGCUGAUCCUUCAACUCUGUGAGGUGGAUACCAGUAUUCUAUUUUGCAGAUAGAGUUUGGCCCAGAGAGGUUAACUAAUAUAUCCAUGAUCACACAGCUAAUAAAAGGCAGAGCUCAG